GGUGGUGGCCGUCGAUCGAGCUUAGGCCCAGAACGGUGCGUACGCGACGUUCCCGUGUCAGUUUUUCGUAACUCGUCUCUCUUUUCGGAGCUCUCGGAAAAGCCGCGUGUGUGUGGAUCGGUGUGCGGAAAAUCGUGGCUGCCUUCAUCAUCAUCACAGUCCAACCACACAGCAGGGACCAACCUUUUUCAUCUGAUUUUGGUCUUGGCCUACCGAGUGGUUCGGUCUCGGUGGUUACUUAAUAUCGAGUGAUGUAAAGGAAAAUCGGGAAAAUCGGAAAACAAACAGAGAAGAAAAAGGCCGCCACACGCAGCUACAGAAGAACACAGCGGCGACCCAAUAAUUUGUGGGAAGAGUGCGCUUGCGGCAAAUGAUUAAAAGGUUUUGAGAACGGGGCGACACUGACUGGUUGGUGGAAAUUCUGUCAGCCACGCGGAAUUUGAAAGCUUCUCCCCUCUAGUCUAAUCGUCUCCCUCCCCCUUCCACACACACACAAAAGCCAAGGAAAAACUCGUUCCCAUCCUGGCUGCCCACGUAUGAUGGAAAAUCGUAAUGGCCGCGAUCGGAACAACAACAACGUAGCAGCGGUCCUCCCGAACGGCGUCAUACUGCGCAAGCUAAAGACCAAACAUUCGUCCGAGUGUCUCCUGUGCUGGAAGGAAUCCCACGUCCCGAAGUGUCUGUGCCCGACCUGUUCCAAGGCGUACUGCUUUCAGUGUAUCAAAAAGUGGCUAACCGAUAGUAAAACCAAGUCCAGUGAAUGUCCCAACUGUAAGUGUAAGCUUCCGAUCGACGAGCUUGUCCGCUGUGCGGCGGUUUUGAGUGAUGGUGAUUCGAAGAUUGCAGGGGGUAUUGGCAACGGUGAUGUGAAGCAACAGCAACAGCUACGGAAGAACGGUGCCGAGUCCGGUUCGAUAAAGGUAGUGGUAAAAGUGAUCGAGAAUGAGGGUUUUGGGUUGACAAACGGGAAUGCUGCUGUGGCCGAACCGAUGGUUAAUGGUUCCGCUCCGGCUAAAAUGCUCACCGUCAAUGGGCGUCAGGGGAAGAAAUUGAAAGAAGCGAGCAGGAAACUGCCGCAGCAGCAGCAGCAAGUGAAUCACAGCGAAACGAAUGGUAAAGUGAACGAAGCAGUGAAGAAAGAAGCAGGGAAAGGUUGUAAUGGGUUAGUGCGCGAAGUGAAUGGUCAAGAUGGGCAAGUGAAUGGUAUUGAGGGUAACGAAUCGUCAAAGAAAAGUGGAAAUGUACCACAGAGGAAGAAUGGGUACAAGAAAUCUCCUCAGCCGCAUUCAGCGGCACAGCCUGUACCCGAAACGAUAGUGCACAGCGAUGUGUCACCACAGGAAAUAUGCGAAGAAAAUGGUCACACGAAUCAGCAGGAGCAGAAUGGAGAACAGGACAGCGAUCGACCACCAUGUUCGCUUCACUCACUGCCACUCAUCUUUUUCUGUUUGUCCUGUAACAUUUGCAUCUGCGAAACGUGUGCUUUGCAUGAUGAAACCCAUGCGGAGCAUACCUUCAAGAAGGUAGCGACCAUCUACGAAACGAAACUAGAGGCGGUCAAGCACGAGUUCGCUCUGGUAACGACCUAUUUGGAGGAGACCAAGAAGGUGAUAGAUAGCGUCGAGCGGAACAUAGAUUUGAUCAAAGCGUCCAAAGCCCGCAAGCUACAGGAGCUUAGUCGGCUGCUGCACUCGGAAGCGGAAGGUAUCGAACGGCAGAUCAAUCGAAAGCUGUCGGUACUGCAGGAUCAGAAAGAUUCCGUUGCGAAUGAAGUUUAUCGAGUGCGAUCGGCGUACAAAAGGCUAGAAAGGGAGCUGAACGCGUGCCCUAAGCAGGAUCUUCUGGUAAGGGACAGCGAGUUCGUCAAGAGAUGCAGCCAGCUCAUAGAGAAGCCUGUCGAAAGCUUCGUCUACCAACCUGUGGCUGCAGACUUGGAAUGCGAUUUCAUUCCGGAGUUUCGAUCGGAAAUCUUCAACGUGAAAGAUUACCAGGCGAUCGAGCCGAUCGAAGAAUGUCGUACAUCCGACGUGCUGUAUGACGUAGUAGGCUUCGGUUGGCGGUUGCACGCGUGGAAAAGUGACCAUCUGUCUGUUACUUUGAUGAUGACGGAAGGCGUAAGCGGAAGAUACGAGUACUGCAUCGAGCUGCUCCACGGAGCAGAUCCGUCCAGAUCGAUCAAGCUGAUCCACAUAGAUCAAUUCGAGCUUCACCGAUCCGGACCGGUGCACGAUCUGAUCGAGAACGAACGGCUGGUGGAGGAAGGGUUCCUCAGUGAAUAUAGCGAUUCGCUUCAGAUCAAAUUCUCUGUGCGACCUCCGACGAUCGUGGCCAAAAGUCGCUACCAACAGGAAUACAUCGACCAAUCCCGGAAGGACAACAUCAAUGAAUACGACAGCAACAUCAUCACCAUCUGCAACAUCCGCGAUCCAACGACAUCAAUCGUACUCUCCAAGCAGUACACGGACACGGUCGGAUCCCGGUGGCGGUUGAACGUUUACCCCAAAGGCAAUAACACCAACUGCCGGUACCUCAGCACGUAUGUGGAGCUAUGCGAUGGUGUCGCAGGAAGAUACCAAUACAUCGUGGAACUGCUACACAACGACCCCGACCGGCAGGUGAAGUUCCAAUCGGAAGAUGACUUCCGAGUGGGGGAAAUACGAGGCUACCAGAAGUUUAUCCGGGUGAAACGGGUCUUGGAGGAGGGCUACCUGAACGACGACGGUUCCAUCUACAUUCGCCUGUCAAUCAGACCGGCCACUCUGGCCUUGCGCUGCCAGUACCAGGAGGAAUACCAAACGCUCAAGGAGGAGAAGCUUCUGUUUCAGUUCAACAGCCAGUUGAGUCAACACCUGACGAAGAUCCGGACCCUGCGGGAGGAAAAUAGCUCCCUGCAGAGCAUAGCCUAUCCGGAGUAUAAUUCGAACAUUUUUGUGAUGCGAAAUUUUGGUAGUUUACGGCAGAACAACGAGGACAUUUGUUCCGACAAUAGCUACGACGAUCUGGGCUGCUGCUGGAGGUUGAUCGUGUUCCCGAACGGAGACAAGGAAGGACAGGAUGAGUGGUUGAGUGUGUAUUUGAGGUUACUGGAAGGGAUUCCCGGAAGCUACGAAUAUUGCGUAGAGCUGCUACACAAUGAUCCAAUCAAGACUGUUAAAAUGGAGGGAACGCAGACGUUCGAGAUCCAGGAACGAUUCGGAUGGACCAAGUUCGCCCGACUGGACAUGGUCUGCGCCAGUGGGUUCAUCAACGAGGAGCACGACUCGCUGUACUUCCGGUUUUCGCUGAGGCCUCCAAAUUACAAAGCCAAAUGCGAAUACCAACAGCUGCUGAAGGUGGACGCGAAACGCGAGAACGAGAUGCUCAAACGGUAUGAUCAAUUGAUGGUCAACGCAGUUCACGGAAAAUGCUAUAUUCUAUAUCCUUUUAGAGAGUUGAUUCCGGCCUACAGUACGAUCACGUAUACGUUGAGAAACUUCUCCGAGAUGCAGCAAAAGGAGGGGUUCGUCUAUUCAGAUCCACUGGUAGACGACCUUGGCUUCACAUGGCGACUGUUGAUCUACGCCAACGGACACAACGAGGGUCGAGGGUGCCACCUGAGCGUGUUCCUGAUACUCUUCGAGGGAGUCACCGGAAGCCGUUUCGAGUACCGCGUGGAGCUGCUCCACCGUAACCCGCUGGCCAACAUCAAGAUGGAGGGCGUCAACGUGUUCAAGCUGAAGAAAAUCUGGGGCUGGCCGCAGUACAUCCACCACGAUCGGCUUCGAGACGAAGGCUACCUCAACGAGGACGACACGCUCGAGUUCCGCCUGUCGAUCUGCCCGCCGGACAUCAAACUGAAAUGCGAAUACCAGCAGGAGUUCAUUAGGAAGCUUAAGGAAAGCCAUAAGUAGGUUAAUAAGGUGACGAUGCAUGCCUGGGAAGAGAAUGAGUUCGAGAUUGUGCAAGCGGAGUCGCCAGGGACACGAACAGGGAUCAGUGUUCAGCAACGCAAACGAAGGAGCGAAAGAGAAAGCUGGCUUUGACGUGGCCGACGCACACCUAACACACAUGAAAGGGGCAAUACAAAAGUUCAUAAAUUUGCGGUCAGUCACAAUUUCAGCAAUAGACCUUUCCCGUCUAAAAUAAUGGUCAAAAAC